AUGACCGUGUCUGCGACGACCGGCGCCACCGCGGCAGGUCCAGCCUCCCGAGGCUCCGGACCUGGGACUGCCGCCGACGGCAACCCCUCCGCGAACGGUGCAUCGACAACAGCAUCGUUGUCUUUGUUGUCUGCCUCGAAUGGACCUGUACAAACAACUCCGGCCGGGGUCCUCAAGUAUGGCCAAACUUUGCGGUUGCUUGCCAACAGCCAUUACCACCCGACGUCGUCUGAGGUGGAAAUUGGCAUUGGCGUGUACAAGAAGAAGGGGAAGCAUGGGAUUUUGAAUGCCGUGCCGCCCCUCGGGGACCAGCAGGAGCACUUGUUCCAAGAAGACGAGUACCGCGUGCUCGACCCGAGCGGCCAGCACACGGAAGGCUCGGCAGUCCAGUUCGGCCACACAUUGGUGCUUGUGAACCAGGACAACCUCGUGUGGAACAAUAAAACUGGCGGCAUCACCGGGUACGUCGGUCCCCGCGCCCGCCAAACCAACGGAGAGAUGUACGUGAGCUUCCACCCCAACCCCAAGCUGCCCCAGCCCAAGUCGCUGUUCAUUCGGUACGGCGACGAAAUCGUCAUCGACGUCGAAGACGCCAACCGCCACGUCCGCACGUACAACAAGCGCCUGACCAACUUCAAAAAGCCAACGUCGUCCAUUCUCGGCGGCUACAUUUGCUGCGACGGCAAAGGGCACGACCUCUUGUGUGCCAUCAUGCCGCCGCGCCUGCAGAUCCACAAGGUGUUUGUACGCGGCAAGACACUGACGAGCUACCAGUUUGGUCAGCCCAUUGACAUCACGAGCGAGUCGGCGACGGUGGAGGUGCAGUUCACGCAUGACAAGAAGGUGCUGCUCUCUGUCGACAAGCUCAACGACAUGGCCGCAUCCGGCAGGACCAAGCACUUCGUCCCGCUGGCGGACGGCGGCCCCGGCGGCGUUCACUUGACGCUCCACGUCACGACCGCUAGUUCCACCAGGUCGCCCGAUGCGACCAGCGCCCCGGCAUCCACGUCGAUGAUCCAACAACUCACGGCCAAGUUGCGCGGGGCCCCGGUGCACCAAGUGUCGAUUUUGGUUGUCGUGUCGUCCGUGAUUUUGGCGCUGUUGAAACGGUCGGGGCUCGUACAUCAGUGGAUUGCAGUGGGUCUCGCGGCAUGCAUUUGGGUUCCGGCCAUGCUGCUGCUCCUCGCGGGGGAUCCUCCAUCGGCCACCACGCAACUCCAGCCAAAGCAGCAACCGUUCGUCCAGAACGGCGGCAGGACACUCACGUUGCUCCAGUAUGUGUACCAUGCAGACGCGCCAUUUCCGGACGGCCACGACCACCACGAGCCCGAAGUGCCGCCCGUGCCAGACCGCUACCUCCGCGCGACCAAAGGCGAUGCCGCCGCUGCGUUGGUCCGAUGGAAGGAGACGUUGCUGUGGCGCAAGGAAGAGCAUGUCGAUAGCAUCUUGACCGAGCCGAUGCCCCAUUUCCGCACGAUCAAAGCCAACUACCCGCACUAUUACCAUAAGCGCGGACUCAAGAACGAACCCGUGUACUAUGAGAAACCAGGCAAAAUCAACUUGAAAAAGAUGCGCACCGAAGGCAUCACGCUGGACCACUUGCUGCGCAACUCGAAGAUGGUGACCGAGUUUUUGUGGUCGGUGCUUGAAAAAGACGACAAUCAAAAGUGCAUUUCGGUCAUCGACGUCGACGGCAUUGGGUUUUCCGAUUUUGGUGGCGAGGUCGUCGACUAUGUCCGCCGCUGCUCGGGGUAUACCAGCAGCCAUUACCCCGAGCGGUGCGCGUACAUAAUCAUCAUCAACGUGCCGGGGUGGUUCAACAUGAUUUGGAAGGUGAUUUACGGCAUGAUUGACGAAACCACGCGCGAAAAGAUCUCAAUCGUGCGCGGCAAGGACAAGAUCUACGAGGCUUUGGCCCGCCGCAUCGACCACGACAACAUCCCGGCGGAAUUUGGCGGCGGAUCCAAGGGGUCGACAGUGGAGGAAGACAUUUUGUUUCAGCUCCAGGAUUUUAACAACCAGGUGGAGGGCGUUGCGAAUCCCCUCGUGGGGGACCUCACGCCUCGUCCGUAUGUGUUGCCGAGAGACGGGGGCGCUGGCAAGGAAGUGGUAUAAGAAAAGGGAAAGGCACGAGCAGCCAGUGUUAAGAGAACAACAACCCAUGUGUACAUAAUAUAUGCAGCAUAUACGUGUGUCUA